AUGAACGACCCUCCCACCCGACUCGCAGCGUUCCCGGAGAUCGUCAGCCGCGUCCUUACGUUCGCCACCGGGCAUGACUCGUACCACCUCCGUCUCGUCUCGCACUCGACCAAGAACCUCGUCGACUCGAUACUAUGCGCUCAUCUGCGCAUCCACAUCUACGCACAGCCCGUCGGUCGAAAGCACAAGCUUGAGGAGUGGGCCCUCCUCCAGCGCGGCCAGCUGCGUCUCCUUCCUGGCGAGCCUGCGCCUGUCCCCAACGACGAGGCGGACUGCUGGCGCCUGUCCCUCAAGGCCAACAUUGAUGACGCGACCACCAAGACCAAGGGAAAGAACACCGAUGUCGACCACCGCAUCCCCGGCCUCAAGUGGUUCUCCCCAACCCACCAGCUCGCCUCCCCCAGCGAAUUUGCAGAGUGUCUCGCCCUAAUCAAGACCCACACCAAGUCGGUUCACUACCACUACAAGAGUCGUGAUUGCUCGCGCUUCUUUCUCCGUGACCGCGACCUGUUCAACACCAUUGCCGGGAUUCAAGACCUUCUCAUCUACCCCGAAGUGCAUAACUUGCCACUUCUCGUGGCCAGCAGCAUCACCUUGUUCACUCCCUCGGGUGUCAACCCGUACGUCCUCGACGCGUCGACCAUCCCGGUAACCGCCAAGUCCCUUGUCAUCGGCAUCCGUCUCACUCCUCACAUUGGCGUAAUCGGGGCGAAGAAUUACGAUGGCAAGGAGUGGGGCUUCUGGCAUGAAGACGGCAACUAUUAUCGCCUGAAGGCUGGUGCCGAACACCCGACAACGAAGAUUAAAACGGGUUUCAAGGCCACGAAGGGCUGGGCAAAGCAGGACGGUGCCAUGGAUAUCGACACGGAGCAGCAGACUGUCAACUCCAAAGUCCCUGCUGCCUAUGAGCUGUCCCCUCCACUAAUUCCGGUUCCCAUUGAUCUCCCUCCUCGCUCGCACGCGCUCAAGACCGUAACGAUUCAUCUACAGUACGAGUUUACGUCGCGUAUCUACGAGGAGGGCAAGUGUCGUCUUUUUGACGGCCUCGUGGACACUAUUGCCACGCGCCUCGAUCUCGACUGGACCAUCCUGGGCGUUGGCGACCACCGCUUCCAUUGUAUGUGGGUCGGGCAGUAUGACCCAUUAAGCGUUCGCGCGCUGGACACGCGCCUCCGCCUCGCCAUCAAGGAUACCGUCCGCGCCAACCCCGAGAUCAGCGCUCUGUACACGGCGGCCGAGCUCAACGCUGCUGUCCAGCGCAUUCGCAUGAUUCCGUCGCACCUCAUCCCCUCGGACAUUCGCAAGAUCCAGUGGCUUGACCCGAGUCUCCCCAACAACGGCCGCUAG